GACAUGUACACUGAUCAUCAGGGCACUGAUAAUCAGUGUGCCCUGAUGAUCUGUGUAGCCCCAGCAGUGCCACCUGUCAGUUUCCAUCAGUGCCUUGUGUCAGUGCUCAUCCAUGCCACCUGCCAGUGCCCAUCAGUGCCACAUCAAUGCCACAUUUCAGUGCCUACCAGUGCACAUCAAUGCCACAUAUCAGUGCUGUCACCCAUCAGUGCCAGUCAGUGCCACCUAUCAAUGCCAGUCAGUGCCACCUAUCAGUGCUGCCAAUCAGUGCCGCCUAUCAGUGCCAGUCAGUGCCGCCUAUCAGUGUUAGUCAGUGCCGCCUAUCAGUGUGCAUCAGUGCCACCUAACAGUGCCAGUCAGUGCCACCUAACAGUGCCAGUCAGUGCCACCUAUCAGUACUGCCUAUCAGUGCCGUAUAUGAGUGCUGCCUUUCAGUGCCCAUCAGUGAUGCCUGUCAAUGCCCAUCAGUGCCACCUACCAGUGCCUCCUCAUUAGUGCCCAUCAGUGCCACCUAUCAGUGUCCAUCAGUGCAGCCUAUCAG